AUGACAAGAAUUGUUUUCAGGUCAAUUACAAGACCACUUGGAUUAGUUGCAUCUCGUACUGCAGGUAUUCGAUAUUACACAGCAGGUGCAUCAACAACAACACCACCACCAACAACAAAAAUAGGCAAACCAUCACCUGAAAAUGAUACGACCCAUUUUGGAUUCAAACAAGUGAAUAGGUCAGAAAAGGAGAAUUUAGUUGGAGGCGUGUUCUCCUCAGUUGCCUCAAAUUAUGAUUUAAUGAAUGAUGUUAUGUCUAUGGGUGUACACAGAUUAUGGAAAAACCACUUUAUAGAGCGGUUAGAUGCAGGUAUGAGACCAAGUUCAACUGAACCUUUAGAGUUUCUUGAUGUUGCCGGGGGUACAGGAGACAUUGCAUUUGGCUUAUUGGAGCACGCAGCUAACAAGUAUGGAGAUUAUCUGAGUAAAGUGACUGUAGCAGAUAUUAACCCCGAUAUGUUAAGAGAGGGACAGAACCGCUAUUUACAAACAAAGUGGGCUCAUGAAGAUGGACCUAGCCGUGUUGAAUUUUUGGUUCAAAAUGGGGAAACAAUGGAUGCAAUUCCCGAUAACUCAAAGGAUAUUUAUACUAUUGCAUUUGGUAUUAGAAACUUUACAAAUAUUCAAAAAGGGUUGGAUACAGCUUACAGAGUUUUAAAACCCGGCGGAAUCUUUGCAUGCUUGGAAUUUUCCCAAGUUGAAAAUCCAGUGCUUGACUAUGCUUAUCAAGCAUACUCAUUUUCAUUAUUGCCAUUGAUGGGCCAAUUGAUUGCUGACGAUAGAGAGCUGUAUCAAUACCUUGUUGAAAGUAUUCAAAAAUUCCCAAAACAAGAAGAGUUUAAAUCAAUGAUUGAAAAAGCCGGUUUCUAUGUUCCUGAACCAGGUUAUGAAAAUUUGACCUUUGGUGUUGCAAGUAUACACAUUGGAAUAAAAUUGUAA